AUGGUGCUCGCCCUCGUACUGGCCCUUGUAUCGGUCUGCUAUGCAGCUCAAUUGCCCAUAGUUGAUCUUGGUUACGAGCGGCACCGAGCCAUCUCAUUCAACCACACUCAUGGCUUGUAUAACUUUAGUAACAUUCGUUAUGCCGCACCGCCUCUGGGCGACUUGCGCUUCAGGGCCCCCAUGUUGCCUGAGCAGAAUCGGACACAGGUGCAAGAUGGUUCGGUAGGCCGACUUUGUCCGCAAGGCCUUCCUCUCUGGGAAGAGGAUAUCGAGCCUGCAUUCCUGCUGAGUUUGGUGGAAGGCACCAGCUUCAACCUCUCGACCAACGUUUCUUCGUAUCCGUAUAUCCCCCAGAAGAUGGACCCUCGGACCACCGAAGAUUGCCUGUUCCUGGACGUGAUUGUUCCCAAAAAGAUCUUUGAUCGAGCUCAGAACAAGACUUUCGUUCCGAGCAAGACCUUGGCACCAGUUCUGGUAUGGAUCUAUGGCGGUGGUUAUACCGAAGGAGACAAAAGCAUGUAUAAUCCCUCGGGCUUGAUCCAGGAAAGUACCGAAGGCGAUGGAAUCUUGUUCGUUGCGAUGAAUUACCGCUUGGGAGCCUUUGGCUGGCUUGCCGGUGAAUCUCUCACGAGCAACGGCACCGCGAAUGCAGCGCUACACGAUCAGCGCUUUGCUCUGGACUGGGUAUACAAGAACAUUCACUUGUUCGGCGGUGAUCCGAAAAGAGUCACAAUUAUGGGUGAGUCGGCCGGCGGUGGUUCCAUCAUGCACCAGAUCACAGCAUAUGGCGGAAAUGCCGGCCCGUCUCCGUUCCAGCAGGCGAUCGUACAGAGCCCAGGAUGGGUUCCUGUCCCCAACAAGACGCAGCCGGAGCAGACCCUGCAGCAAUUUUUGGGGAUCCUCAAUGUCAGCACGAUAGAAGAGGCGCGCCAAAUGUCGAGUGAGAAGUUGAUUGCUGCCAAUGCCUACCAAAUCGCCACGAAGGCAGACUGGGGCGAAUUCGUCUAUGGGCCCGUUGUGGAUGGUACUUUCGUGCCAGCUUUGCCCGGUCAACUUCUUUUGGAAGGCAAUUUCGACCGCAAUCUCAAUAUCAUGGUGGGCCACAAUGCAGAUGAAGGACUCGUUUUCACUUCUCCGGAUGCGCGCAACAGCAGUUGGGUGGCCACGUUCCUGGAACAGUAUUACCCCAAUAUCCGGCCCAAUGUUACCGAGUAUGUCACCAAUGUGCUGUAUCCGGCCAAGUACGAUGGAUCUUACGGCUACACCACUCCACUCGAGCGCGCCGCUUUCCUCAUCUCGGAGCUUAUCUUUGUUUGUAAUACAGACUAUAUUAAUCGAGCCUACCACGGCCACACAUAUGCCUAUGAGUUUAGCAUCCCUCCUGCGGUACAUGGCCAGGAUGUGCUGUACUCUUUCUACAACAAUGGCUCCAGUGCACUCAGCUCUUCACUCGAAGGAUUGUCCGUCACCAAUGUUACGGUCGCCGAGAUCAUGCAAGAGUACUUCACCAGCUUUGUGGUAACCGGCACUCCAAGAUCGGCUCUAGGCCCAACAUUCCCUUCGCACGGUCAGCGGGGCCAACUGAUGAACUUUGGCAACACCACCGUUCAGCCGAUGCGUGACACGAGCAACAACCCGCGCUGUCGCUUCUGGCAGACGGCGCCUUACGCGUCAUGA